UCCUGAACCAUCGCAAUGUUCUUCACUUGGAUUGCAGUAUAUAUCCCCAUACUCAUCCCCCCUUUCACUCCCUAUGUCCAGUUUGAAAACACACAGAAUUACGAGUCAUCCUCUUCAUUUUUCCGUGAAAAUCCCAUGGAGGAACCAAGGAGGACUCGGUAUUCGGGAGAAAGAGCGCCGCCAGGUGGUGGCCGUGGCUGUCAACGUGGACGUGGCCGUGGCUGUGGACGUGGACGUGGCCGUGGCCAUGGACAUGGCUCGGUGAAUUAUCAUGCCGAAUGCUCUGAUCAUCAACCUGCCCAGCCUACUAUCAUGGAAAAUAGGGUGACUGCUGUACCAAAUGCAAAACCGGUUCCAAUUAAACUAAAUCCUAAUGCUAAGGAGUAUUAUCCCCUUCCUGAAUCAGAUCGGUCCUUGUUCCUAACAUUCUCGUACGGACGCCCGAUACCAGAGAUGGAAAUUGCCAAAUUCUUUAACUCCACAUACUGGGAAUGUGUGGAAAGGGUAUACGUGCAUUGGCCAGCCCCGUGGAAUAAAAAUCAAAUACCAUUAUUUGGAAAGAUUGUUUUCAAGGAAGCUAGUAUUCCAUUAAUGAUGACUGCUUUUGGAACGAAACAAUGCAUGUUCAACAUUGAUGGUAACCCGCUCUGGUGCAAGAAGUUUGAGCUCAAUAAGACGCGCUCCCCUAAAUGGAACAAUAAGUAAAAUACUUAAUCUGUUGCAUAUGCAACUCUACAUGCAUGAUGCGUUGAUAUAAAUAAUACAACUAUUAUCAAUAAUAAAUCAAGCCUUUCUUUCGUUAUUGUAUGAUUUGAUCUCUGUCCUCAAGCUUUAUCAUACAAUAUUCAGAUUUAUGAGUUCCGACGGUUCGAAUGGGGGUGUCAGCACUGUUUCAAUGGGCCUGUGAAAAUCAGCGAGUCCAACCGAGGGCUUUCUACCGAUUUUCUUAGCCCAGAAUUGAGGUCUGUGGAUCGGCUGUUGUCUGCCACGGCCUGAACUUCUUCAUCCUCAUGGUCAUGGAUGGUUCUGUUGGAACAUAAACUUUUCCAAGAAUUACAACCAAUUUCCAGGAAAUAACCUUGAAAGUGGUAGUAAACAUUUUUUUUUUUCUGAAUGCUUUCUCGUGUCAUCCUCCUCACUG